UCAAAUAACUAUCCCUCAUGAGAAUCCAGAAGCGUUCACCUCAGUUGCUUCAUCUCUUUCUCCCACAAGGUGGUCAAUGGAGCAGAACAAGAAUCAGAACCAAACACAAACUAGCUUAGGCCAUUCUCCCUUCACUGAACCAAUCCAUUGUAUAGUAAAACUGGGAGGAGCUGCAAUUACUUGCAAAAAUGAAUUAGAGAUGAUAAAUGAGGAGAUUCUUCAGAAGGUUUCAGAACAGCUGAGGCAAGCAAUGAUUUCAUCUUCUGAGAAGCCUCCUGGGAUGGAUUGGAGCAAGAGACCUGGAGAUUCUGAAACUUUUUGUAACCCGGAAGAAUUUGGAGAUCAUUCUGUCAUGGAAUGUAGCCGUUUCAUUGUUGUUCAUGGAGCAGGUUCUUUUGGCCAUUUCCAAGCUAGCAAAUCUGCUGUCCACAAAGGACAACUGAAUAAGCCUCUUGUCAAGGGUGGCUUUGUUGCUACCCGAAUAUCUGUAACCUCUCUCAAUCUUGAAGUUGUCAGAGCACUAGCUAGAGAGGGUAUUCCUUCAAUUGGAAUGUCACCUUUCUCAUGUGGAUGGUUCACCAGUGAGAGACAUAUAUCUUCAGCAGAUUUAUCUUCGGUUGCUAAGGCCAUUGAUUCUGGUUUUACACCUGUUCUGCAUGGGGAUGCAAUACUCGAUGAAAUUCUGUUAGUGUGUUUUCAGGGAUGCACUAUUUUGAGUGGAGAUGUCAUCAUAAGUCACCUGGCAACAUACUCAAAGCCUAAAUAUGUCGUUUUCUUGACUGAUGUAUAUGGGGUAUAUGAUCGCCCACCAACAGAACCUGAUGCAAUACUCUUAAAGGAGAUUGCUGUUGCUGAAGAUGGAAGCUGGUCAGUUGUAAAACCAAAGUUGCAGAACUCAAGUAAGCAGAUUGAUCUAACUCUGGCGGCCCAUGAUACAACUGGUGGAAUGAAAACAAAGAUCUCAGAAGCUGCAAUUAUAGCAAAACUUGGAAUUGAUGUCUACAUUGUAAAAGCAGCAACAAGCCACUCAUUACGUGCCUUAAAUGGAGAUCUGAGAAGCAGCAUCCCUGAUGACUGGCUUGGAACAGUCGUUCGAUCUUUGAGAUAAAUCUGCCAUAACAAAGUCUUUUGCAUAGCUCCCAUUCAUCCACAGCAAGUAAUAAUUUUUGGACUCCUCGUGAAUGUGAGAGUUAGUUGUACUAACAAUUACAGUCAUGUGUCUUCCAAAAACAACUCACAAAUCCAGUGUCAUGUUUUUUUUUAUUUUAUCGAAGUUAUGUUUGGCUACUUUGAUAUUUUAGUGCUUCCCAGUUUCACUUCUAGAAGUUGUAACUUGUAAGGAUGUUUUGUAAUUUUCCUUUGGAGCUACUUUUACUUGGGGGUUUUGGUUUAGAAAUUAGUUGAAAGAACUUUCUAAAACCCGAAAGGAUU